AUGCUGGAGGAAGACCGGAAGCGGAGAAAAACUCAGCCGCGAGACCCGUCAUCUGCUUUGCUCAUGCAGGAGGAUUUUACGCCCAACUGCCCCGUGCAUGGGCUGAUGCACCUGCCGGGGUACGUGAAGCUGGUCGUUGACACACCACAUUUUCAGCGCAUGCGACAUAUUAAGCAGCUCGGCGUGUGCUCGUUGGUGUUCCCUGGAGCGAAGCACGACAGGUUCUUUCACAGCAUUGGAACAGCACACCUGGCCUACAACCUGAUGAAGGAUUUGAGGAGCCUUCAGCCGGAGCUGUGCAUCCUGGACAGGGACAUCGUUUGUGUUGUGCUGGCUGCGCUCAUGCACGACCUGGGCCACCCAACCUACAGCCACAUGUUCGAGACAUUCAUGGCCAGCAUUGGACAUGCGACAUGGACGCAUGAACAGGCGUCCAUAGUCCUAGUCAAAGAAGUGUUGAAGACCAUCAACCUGUCACUAAUCACGGCGGACGAGGAAGGUGAUGAUCUAGAGUUCAUUUGCGAACUCAUCGACCCACCAAAGGACGAGCUGAACAAGUGCCUCAACAACGAUUCGCUGAAGGAGAAAUGGCCGACCCUGAUGAAAGGAAGACCUGUCGAAAAAGCCUACAUGUACGAGAUUGUCUCCAAUUUUCGCUCGGGAAUAGAUGUGGACAAGAUGGACUACUUCAGGCGUGACGCAUACUUUCUUGGAAUCAAGCGUGAGUUCGACCACCACCGGUACCUGAAAAGCCUGCGUGUGAUUCAAGACAACCAGGGCAUAUCCACGCUCAGCCCUCCGGAGAAAUCCAAGGACGAUAUUCGAGAGAAUUUGUGCGAACUGCGCAAGACCCUCCACAGAACGGCAUAUCAGCACAAAACCGUGAAGAAGUUCGAGGCUCACAUGGUGGACAUUCUCAAGCUUUGUGAUAAGACCAUAAGGGUUUCGGGAAGAAACGGCAAGAAAAUGAGCAUCUCAGAAGCGGCACUUUCUGGUGACACUGUUGCUUAUUCAAAACUUACAGAUAUGUUCAUCGAGUCGCGGCUGUUGGAGAACGAAGAUCCGGAGCUGCAGGAAGCCUGUGCUGCGUACGACAAGCACUUCCUGCAGAGAAACCUGAUGCGCAAUGUUCUGAUAUGGGAAGUGCCAAGUGAGCAGGAGGAACCGGGUUUCAGCAUGCCGCAGGUAGACAAGUUUGUGGAGGAGACCUUGAGGCUCUCUACAAGGCAGGUGCCCAAGAGCGAACUUCGCUGCGUGGAGAGCAAGCUUCACUACGGAAUGGGCAGCGAGGACCCCAUCAAAAAGAUUGUAUUCCACGACAAGCAGGGUCAACCGCGAACCUUUGACGUGGACUAUGAUGCCAACCCUCUGCGGCGGAAACUUUUCCUAUUCUGGAACCCGUCAUCCAUUGAAGCCAAUCACUUGGAUACGCUUGAAAGGUUGACGGAAGCCGCCACAAAGCACGUUUGCAGCAUCAUCGGUACCGACCCCGUUUCGACGACUCUUGAUUGCAAGCUGGUGAUGGGCGUUUGGCAAGCAGAUCCGCAGUCACUCCGGCAAGUCUGCUUGUGGAAUUCUCGGCUGAGAUCUGGCAACACGAUGCCUGACACGGCUGCAUGUACCUUCACACACAUUGACAAUCCUGCACAGGCCAGCAUCGCCGGUGAAGCCGCGUCGGUCAAGCCGGCUUGGGGGCCAAGCUGA